GCCUUUGACCCACUCAGUAUGCCACAGCACAGAGCUACAGAUACUUUCUGCUUGCUUACUCCACCAACCGCAUCAGAGUUAGCUCAUCUCCCUCUUGACCAAUUUCUCUCCAUACGCCACGUAGACAACAUAGGAUUGUCUUAAUCCGCUAUAAAGCUCAAUGCAGAACGAGAAACUUACCACAAAAACACCUGAACCAUCUAAAGUUCCAAACACAGCAAGAGCUAAAACUAGAUCAAGAUGGCUGCAGCUGCCUUGUGCUUCAGGAGGUUUGCUCUCUCCGUGUCUUGUUUCCUCCUGGCCGUGCCACUGCUGAUGGCACAAGACCCUUCAAACCUGAGCCUGGAGCACUAUGCGAAGACAUGCCCGAAUGUGGAGCACGUGGUCCGGACCGAGAUGGAGUGCGCGGUGCGCGACGAGCCACGCAAUGCCGCUCUGAUGCUCCGCCUCCAUUUCCACGACUGUUUCGUGCAGGGCUGUGACGGCUCGGUGCUGCUUGACGACACGGCAACCUUGAUUGGAGAGAAGCAGGCAGAGCAGAAUGUGAACUCGUUAAAAGGGUUUGAACUGGUUGACAAGAUCAAGGAAAAGCUGGAGGCUGAGUGCCCUGGAACAGUUUCCUGUGCGGAUUUGCUUGCCAUUGCAGCAAGGGACGCUACUGUCUUGGUGGGUGGGCCUUACUGGGAUGUCCCAGUAGGAAGAUUGGACUCCAAGGAGGCAAGUCUUGACCUAGCAAACAAAGACAUACCCACCCCUCAGCAGGGCCUCAUCACGCUUAUUUCCAAGUUCUGGGAGAAGGGCCUUGACGCCACUGACAUGGUGGCCCUUGUGGGAUCCCACACGAUUGGAUUUGCCCGGUGCGCCAACUUCCGGGACAGGAUAUAUGGUGACUUCGAGAUGACAUCCAAGAGCAACCCUGCAUCAGCAACCUACCUCAGCAAGCUAAAGGAGAUCUGCCCCUUGGAUGGUGGCGACGACAACAUCAGCGCCAUGGACAGCUACACUUCCUCCACCUUCGAUAAUGCUUAUUUCGAGACGCUCAUCAAGGGCGAGGGCCUCCUCAACUCUGACCAGGAGAUGUGGUCAAGUAUCGCCGGGUACUCAACGGCCGAUACGGUCAACAAGUACUGGGCUGACCCCGCGCUGUUCUUCAAGCAGUUCUCAGACUCCAUGGUCAAGAUGGGCAACAUCACCAACCCUGCAGGUGGUGAGGUCAGGAAGAGCUGCAGAUUUGUGAACACCUAAGCUGGAGAAACUUUUGUUUGCGCCUUUCCUUUUCAUGGUUGAUGAUUGUCUGGAAAUAAGAAUGUUUUGCCUGGGAU